UCUGGGCGGAAAUUCUUGAUACCAUCACCCACCGAUGUGACGACGGAUAUAAUCCACCCGGGUACUAUAAAAAUGUCCCCCAAACCCAUUAUCCCAAUACAUAUCCCUGACUAUGGAUGGUUUUGAGUGAUUUUAAUGUAAUAAAGUGCCACAUUUCCCACCAAUUGAAUUAAAAAAAAAUUAUGGUCAUCUGAUAGAAGAAGUUGUUAACAUUCAUUUCAGGGGGGCGGAAAUUCUAUAUGAAUCAACACUUGUCCUUGAUACACAUUUGUUUGUGAAAAAAGGGUAUGAUGCAAGGGAAUUCUGCGUGUUAUAAGGGUGCGCGCGUGCAGCGAGGACCUUCUGUCCGCUAGUUUUCCAUAUGUGACCAUCUCAUCCAGCUGCUAGUGAGGAUCGACUCAAAUCUUGUGGAGGAUCAACUUAUACUUAUCUCUCUACAUUUUCCAAUUCUUACUUCUUACCGUCAUUUCCACUCCUUCGAAGUCUAUAUUCACUCUGCAUAUUUAAUGAGCUCAUUACUUCGCGAGUCAUUUUGUGACAUCUGUCCUUUUUUCUAAUCUAUUUGAAAUUGUGAAGUGUAUAUAUUUCUAUUCACGGAUUUGUGCAAUUUAUCUGAGCGGCUGGACCCCAUUCUAUCUUCUGGCGAGCAAGAAUUAAGGAGGGAAGAUUCAUUUGAAGUCUCCGCAGACUUUCGUUCAGAACAGGACCAUUUUUAGAAGAUAAGUUGGCGCACAGCAAUGGAGUUCUUAGUGAGGACUUUAUUCUGCUUGAUGUUUUUCUUCAGUCAAGCAGUAUCUCCAAGUUUUAGUGAUCAAAGGACUGAGAUCAUAUGUAUGGAUGAACAAGGAAUACUUGAAUGUGUUGGGGGUACUAUUGCUAUCGACAGCGCUGUCUUUGGGCGAACGGACACCACAAGCUGUCCAGUUAAUCCACCACCAACUAGCCUAACAGGUUGUGAAGUCGAUGUGGUGUCGGGGGUAAAUGCGAGAUGUGCCGCAGUAGAUCUUUGCACCCUACCAGGCACGUCAACGGGCGCAGAAUAUCUACUAGAAGAACCUCCUUGCCCCGAUGUCCGAUCUAAGUACUUGAAUAUUUCAUACCAUUGCAAAGAUUCGAAUGAGUGUGAUCUACAAUUACACAAUUGUGAUGAGCAUGCAACGUGUACCAACACUCCUGGGUCAUUCAUCUGCUCGUGCAAAACGGGAUAUACCGGAAAUGGAAGAGAAUGCAGAGGUAUGUUCUAAUUACGAAAAGUUUACGAAAAAGUUUCGACCUACGAAAAGUUUAUGUCAAUAGCAUGGGCGGAAAUCUGUCCUGAAAUGUAGGCGGGACAACAGGGGCGGAUCUAGCCUUCGCCAGUAGGGGGGGGGCCGAAAUUUGUUUCAGCCAUAAUUUUAUGUUAAUUCCCGAUCGGCCGCUCGAAGGUGAUUUUUGUUUGUUUCAUUGAAGGAGUAGUCCUCAUGGUCACUUCUUAGCUUUAUUCUUAAAUCAACAUAUAUAAUAUCAUAAUCCUUAUUUAUAUAAUGCGAGCGCGAAGCGCGUGCAAAGUUUUUUUUUGAAAAUUUAUGUAUUUUUUCCUCAAAUUUGAACAUUCUGGGCAAUGUUUUUCCUGAAAAAGAUGUAUAUACAACUAAAUAAUUACUACGAACGCGAGGUGCGAGCAGAGGUUAACUGAUGAAAAAUGUUGAGAUUUAGACCCGAGAACGAGACACUCUAUUCAUGUUUUGUAAAUCAUGAAAGGGAUGAGUAAUUGGGGGUCUUCCUUACACCCGGUCCUUACAUUAAUAAUCCGAGUGCAAAAUGCAGCCAGAAAAUGUUCAUAUACGUUUAAUUUGAAUUGACUGCUUGCACUUAGCCAUGAAGACGUUACAUAUUUCAACAAUCAAAUAAUACAAAAAGAAUCGAAAAUUUUAAUCAAUUUUUGUAAUUGUGAACAGGGUAGCUAUAUAACUAAACAAUUGAUGUGAGCAGAAAAAUUCGAGAAUUAGACCUAAAAAUGUGACACUCUAUUCAUGUUUUGUAAAUCAUGAAAAUGAUGAGUAAUAGGGGAUCUUUCUACAUUAAUAAUGCGAGCACAAAGCGUGAGCAGAAAAUUUUUAUAUUGUGAUCUGAAACUGGAUAAUGAUUGAAAUAGAGAACAAGUUGAAUAUCUGAUGAAUAAACAUGCGCGUGUUUCAGAUUUAGACCUAGAAUCUCGGCAUUCUACACAUCUUUUAUCAUGAAAAAUCAAAGCGAGCGCGAAGCGCGAGCUUAAACUAUUUGAUAUUCCGAUCUGAAAAAAGGGUCAAUUUCAGCUAUAUAUUUGAAGCACUUUGUAGGAAAAUUGUGAGGUGGAUAUGGAUCGCAUUUCAUAAAGAGCUGAUAUUUUUCAUUAUUAUUUGAGUUUUGACAUAGGACCGGGACAUCCUUAGGACAAGUCAUAUGGAAAUGAUGACUAUCUUCCUAUUCCUCUUGCUAAGCGCGAGAUGAAACAAAAGGGACAAUUUAAUCAUUAAAUUAAUAUCUUAUUUAUUAAUGCCUAAUGAGGGCGAUAAAUUUGAUAUUAUGGCCUGAAAACUGGACAUUUCAAGCACUUUUGUAAUUAUGAAUAGAAUACAUCAGUUAAAAUAUUUUUAAACCAUUAAUGCGAGCGCAAAUCGGAGCCAAAAUCUUUGAUAAACUGUCAUGAAAAUCAAUAUUGAGACAUACAUAAAUAGCCAAUCAAAAUGCGAGAAGCGCUAUCAGCUACGUUUUGAUAAUCAGACUUGAAAAGGGAUAUUUUUCAAACUAAAUGGAAUACACAAAAAUAAUAGGUACCUAAUAAAUCGAAAUUUGCGAGCGCUCAGUGCGAGUAGAAAAUGUCAAUAUUCAGACCAUAAAGCCGUCACUUUUACAGAGCACUUUUAAAAAAUCAGUUUGUAAAUCACACAAAAUAAUGAAAGUUCGAUUUCCGAGGUAAAAUGUGUAAUGUAUAUUGACUUCCAAACUUGAUAUUUGAGCUCCAUAUUGAAAAAUCACCUAACAGGCAAUGCGAGCGCGAAGCGCGAGCGAUAAUGUUAUAUAGUGACAUGAAAGAUCCUUUUUAUUUUCCAAGUCUUCCCCUUAUCUUAUUUUAUUCACUCUGGAAAAUUUGACAAGC